AAUGAAAAAAAGAUUAAUUUAAAUGAUUUCUUGGUCCAUUUGAAAUCCUUUAUUGUUCCAAGCAGAAGCCAAGUGUUAUUCUACUUGUCAAUGUCACGACAUCUUCGAAUACACCAAACAGGCUGUGAAUUACAAGUGAUCUGUCAUCAUUUCGAUGAAACUUGCGAUAGCGCAGAUUUUUUUCUUGGCACAAAAGAGUGUUUCUUUAGUUUUAAAUGA